AGGCCAUGCAGAGAUAGAAAGCGAGGUGCCCACCCCUAUGGAGGAGAAGUGGCAGCCAGUUCUUUUGCUGUAUCUCAAGAUUUGCCUUGUCUACCGCGGGGUGAAUUUCAUGAAGCCCCAGGCUGCGAAGGAGUUUCUUCAGAUGGUGCAGGAAGAGACUGACUCGCAGCUUGACCCAGACAGCCGCUGCAUGGGUCUGUGCAUUCAAGCAGAGGCAAUGCGGCAGGGCGAACACUGGGAUGAAGCCUUGCAGCUUGCAUCUGAAGGUUGCGCGCUGCAACCCAAGCUUAGCCCACAGGGUCUGAAAACAGGCGUCCUGCACUUCUGCCAUUUGGUCGUGGCCUACGCUCACUAUGCUCAAGGCCGACCUGGCCUUGCUCAGGAGGCCUUGACCAAGCUGUCUUCCUUGGGCCUCAGCGACCACUUCUUCCAAAAGCAGGUCGAGUUCAAGGCAACUCACCUUCGCCGCCUAGUGGGUGCCGAGUUUGAGGAGAGCUAUCGAGAUAUUUCUGUGCCGGCAAGAGGCCAGGUCCGCUUGGUGGUGGAGCUGCCUGAAGGCACCUCUGCCCAGUGGGACUUCAUCCUCUCCGGCUACUCAAUUGAUUUCGCGGCAAAUUUCGUGCCAAGCUCAGGGGAGCCCGAGGAGCUCCAGCGCGCGGAGCAGUACCAGGCGGAGGCGGGGCCCUUUGAGGGCGGCGCCGGGCCCUUUCGCAGCGCUGGGCAAGUGGAGCUCGUUUUCUCCAACACCUUCAGCAUGCUCAGGGGCAAGAGUCUUCAGUGCAGAGUGCUCCCGAACAACCUUGAGGUCCGACAAGAGGACUGAGGCACCGCUCGCCUUUGGCCAAGCAGCGCCACCUGGAUGCGCUGAGUCGUCCUUUGAUUCUUGUAUUGGCAAUGUGCGCAAAGCACAAGCCGCCCCCAGGUUUGCUUGGUGAGCCCAGUCGAAUGGUGGCGUGGCA